GAAGUACCGGUACCUUCACAACAAGGGCAGGAGUUGCGUGCUCUCUUGACUUGUCAGCUCGGCAUGGUGCCUCCUGUACUGCUGCUGAGGGCUCUUCGGACCCUGCGUGCACCAGCUGUAGUCGCGACCUCCAGCGGGUUCCCGGCUCUGGAGUCGGUCCCUCCGCCGCGCUCAUGUGUGUUGUACCCGUUGUGGAGGACAUCUCCUGUGAGGACUCUGCAGCUGGGCUCCGCUUUAUGCGCCGGACAUAAUAAGUGGUCAAAGGUGAAGCACGUCAAGGGACCAAAAGACGAGGCGAGGGGGAAAAUGUUUAUGAAGUUUGGUAUGAUGAUAAAAAUAGCUGUGAAAGAAGGUGGAGCUAACCCAGAGCUGAAUAUAAAUUUAGCCCACAUACUGGAGCAGUGCAGGAGCAAGAACAUGCCCAAGGCAUCCAUAGAUGCUGCAAUCAAGAGUGCGGCUAAACCAGCGUCUCAGCACAUGUUUGAGGCUCGUGGGCCCGGCGGGUGUCUGCUGCUCAUCGAGGUCUUAACUGACAACAACUCGCGCACCCACCAGGAAAUCAAACGUCUGCUCACCAAGAACGGGGGGAUGCUGUCUGAUGGAGCCCGGCAUAACUUCCAGAGGAGGGGGGUGGUGGUAGUGCCAGGUCAGAACAUCACCACGGAGAAAGCGCUGGAGUUGGCAAUCGAGGCCGGAGCCGAAGAUGUCCAAGAGACGGAGGAUGAGGAGGAGAAGCCCCUGCUGCAGUUUCUCUGUGAUAUGGCAAACCUGAAUAAGGUGAGGGCCUUUUUGAAGGAGAUGGGAAUGGAGAUUAUGUCUGCUGGGUUGGAGUUUGUUCCCCGUGUGCACACACUCUUGGACCAGGACCACCUAGAUGCUGCUUCAACUCUAAUAGAAGCCCUCAAUGACUAUCCAGAUGUAGUCAGAGUGUGGGACAACAUCCAGACUGACAGCUGAGGACAGUUUCUGGACACUUAGUGGACACUACUUGUGGAAUAUUGGAGACAAAUGAUUUUCCAGCUAAUACCUUGUGGAUUAGUGGGUGCUGAUACUGCAUGUUAUCAUUAUGAUAAAGUGUGAUUGUGUUAGCCUGGGGGGGGGGGGUGUUCGAGGAUCCUUUUUAUUGAAAACAGUAUUGAACAUUCAAAGUGACAUUUUACUCAAAGAAGGAAUCAUGAACGACACUGUUUUGAAUAAUGCUUUGUGUCUGUUGUGUGUUUUUCAUAGUAGUCACAGUAGAAACAUGCAAAAAUAAUUACACUGGAAAAAUACACCUAAAAGGCAAAUA